AUGAUGAAUUGGCAUUAUAAGCAACAAAAUUUAUUAUCAAAUCGAAUUCAAGAAUCAGAUCGGAUUAGACGACGAUAUCCUGAUCGUGUACCACUAAUUGUUCAAUCAAAUUAUGAUGAUCGAUUAUCAUCAACUAAUUCCAAUAUGAACUAUUCAUUAUUUAAAUCAUUUACAACAUCAACAUCAUCAUCUGAUUUAACAACAACUGGCUUUCGAUAUCGUCUUGAACAUGAAAAAUAUUUAGUUCCAAAUGAAUUAUCAUUUGGACAAUUUGCCUAUAAUAUUCGAAAACGAUUAAGAUUACGUUCUGAGAAUGCACUCUUCUUUUAUUUGGGAAAACAUUUUUGUCAACCAACAUUAAGUUCAACAAUGGAACAACUAUACAAAGAAUUUAAAGAUGAUGAUGGAUUUCUAUAUAACACUCUGGAUGUACCAAUCGAUAGUAGACUUCAUCACAACCCAAAUGUAAAUAGUUCACGUCUGGAUGAAGUUCAAGCAUUUGAUCUACCAUAUCUAAAUAAACUUGAUAUGAUCAGUCAAAAUAAAGGUGGAUAA